AUGACCUGGAGCGAAUACCUUGCGAUGCGCAAGCGGCGCAGGCAGUGGUCGACGCUCACGACUAUCCCUACGUCUAUUGGUGGCUUGAUGGCUGGCGCUUCGUACUGUGCGCAGCACAGCAUGACAGCCGAGGGCGCAACCAUCUUUGGCCUCGACCCGAUGAUCAUGUACGGCGCUGGAACUGUUGGUGCAAUGGCUCUCGGCUACCUCGUUGGGCCCGCGAUCGGCAACACUGUUUUUUCCCUCACGCACCCCAAGCUCUCAAAGGGCAACCCUUCUCCUCUCGAGGUGAUGGACCGCGAGUUCUUCACGCGCAUCAAGGAGAGGCGAGCGGACCCGUCGCGCCAGAGUGUGAACAACCCAGCGCCGGACUAUUAUGGCGAGAAGAUCGUCUCGCUCCAGGCAUACCGCCGGUGGCUCAAGGACCAGAAGGCGUACGAGCGCAAGGUGGCGCACGGUGUGCCGGAGGACGAGUGA